CCUUGUUUCCUAUUUUUGCACAGAAUGAUCGCACGCAUCUCAAUGCACUAUAAAUACCCUGUAGUCAGUGCGUUUUUUCGACGUUCUUUCAUUUCUACACACCAAAAAAGAAUGCUGUCGACUGCUGCUGCCAAGGAACGCGUGUGCCUGGUAGGCUCUGGCAACUGGGGAUCCGUCGUCGGCAAGAUCAUCGGCCAAAACGUUUUGAAACACUCGAACCAGUUCGAGCCUGAAGUCCGUCUAUGGGUAUUUGAAGAGAUUUUCAAAGGCGAAAAGCUGACUACCCUCAUCAACCGAGAACACGAAAACCCAAAAUAUCUACCAGGUCAUAAACUUGGUGCCAAUAUCAAGGCCACAUCUGACCUUUACGAAGCCUGUCAAGACGCGACCGUACUCGUGUUCGUUUUACCACACCAGUUUGUUCGUGGCGUCUGUGACAAAAUGAUGGGUCGCAUCUCACCCAAUGCCAAAGCCAUUUCGCUCAUCAAAGGGCUGGAGAUUAACGCUGAUGGCGUCACUUUGUUUUCAGAAGAAAUCUCACGACGUUUAGGAAUAAAUGUGGCGUCACUAAGUGGAGCGAAUAUAGCCAACGAGGUUGCGGAAGAAAAGUUUUGCGAAACCACGAUUGGGUGCCGUACCUCGGGAAGGGAUGGCGAGCUUUUUCUCAACUUAUUCAACACGCCGUAUUUCCGUGUCAAUGUCAUUAAUGAUACAGCAGGCGUUGAGCUGUGUGGUGCGUUGAAAAAUGUUGUUGCCGUUGGCGCCGGCCUUUCGGAUGGUUUAGGUUAUGGCAGCAACACAAAGGCAGCUAUUGUUCGACGAGGAUUGUUGGAGAUGCGUAAAUUUGGCCAGACAUUCCUUGGCGAUGUUGUGCAGACUGACACGUUCUUUGAAUCAUGCGGUGUUGCGGACCUUUUGACAACCUGUAUGGGCGGUCGUAACCGUAAAGUAGCAGAAGCGUUUGCAAGGACGGGCAAACCUAUCGACGUUUUGGAACAAGAAUUGCUGAAUGGCCAAAAGCUUCAAGGUACACUCACUGCAAAGGAAGUUAACGAGUUUUUGUCGGCACGCAACAUGGUCAAUGAUUUCCCGCUUUUUACCACCGUGUACCGUAUAAUCUAUGAAGGUCUCGAAACUGAGGCCAUCGUGCGCGAUAUCUGAAAGAGAUAGAAAUAUAUGUUGUUUUCGAAAAAGAAGGACUGUGCGCGGAAGAUAUACUUUUACCCAGCAUUCCAAUACUACCACAACUGUGUUGUUUCUUUCUAAAGAUUGAUGACAUGCAUCAACCCAAUAAAAAAGAGUCCGUGCAUACUAGUGGAA